CAGCAACGUAUAGCAACUUUGUUAAUACACGACGGUUCUUUGUAAUUGAGUCUCAGUUUUGCUAUCUAUCAGUUGUACCAGCUUCACGAGAUAAUACCCCAUACACUUCAUAGACACAUAUAUAUACUAAAUAACUAUGUCGGGUAGCUUACGAAAGAAACUGAUAGUUGUUGGAGAUGGUGCAGUGGGAAAGACGAAUCUAAUCAUAGGCUUUGCCAAGGGAGAGUGGCCAGAUGUAUACACGCCUACAGUAUUUGAGACCACCGUAAAAAAUAUAACUAUCGACGGCAAGAACGUAGAGCUCACGUUAUGGGAUACAGCCGGACAGGAGGAUUACGAUCGAUUGCGCCCACUUUCAUACCCCAAAUCCAGUGUUAUAGUCAUCUGCUUUGCCAUAGACGAUCCCGAUUCCUUCUAUAACGUGCCCGACAAAUGGGCGACGGAGGCUAAGCACUACUGCCCAGGUGUCCCUAUCAUUCUGGCUGGACUCAAAACAGAUCUGCGCGAGGACUCUGUCAUCAUUGCCAAAUUAGGAAAGGUAAAUGAGAAGCCACUAAGUAAACAACAGGGUGUUGAGAUGGCCACCACCAUCGGAGCUACAAAGUACGUCGAAUGUUCCGCAAAGACCAAGACCGGCCUAGAGGAGGUCUUCCAAUGCGCUGGGCGGGCGGCUAUGGACUACAAGGCCAAGAAAUCCGGGGGAUGCACACUUCUUUAGAAGGGACAUGUGUACAUAGUAUAUAUAUACCAUGCUUGUAUGUAUGUAUUUAUGAAUGCAAGGGUGGAUAGAUCAUGUACCUUGUAGGUACGAAUUAGCAAUAAAAUCACCACUAAACUACUCAGGA